UUAUUCAAUUUGAAAGACACAAAUAAUUUUUGUAGAGUUGGUUAUCCAAUCCAAAUAUAAAAUCUAUUCAUUUCUAUUUAGCAUUUCAACGGAGAACCACUGGCUGUACUAAAAAAGUGAUCAUUUUUUAAUAAUCAAGUUUUGUUACAUCAAAAGCUUUGUAAGAACAACUCUUCGAACAAUUAAGUUUUAUAAUUUACUACCAGUCUUUUCAUUUUCAACAUGUCUUCAGAUAAUAAAUUUCCCGAAAACUUUUUAUUUGGCGCUUCUUCUAGUGCAUAUCAAAUCGAAGGUGCAUGGAAUGAAGACGGAAAAAGCAAAAGCAUUUGGGACUACAUUUACCAUAAUGAACUCAGCGAUUUUAAGAAUAAUAAGCAUAAGUAUUUUGCUAUUCGUCCUAGAUCUCAAAUGCAACAUCAUAAUUUGAUUAAAAAUCCAGACGUUAAAUUAGUCGGUUUUCACAAUCAUCAUUUAAUUUUUGAUGAUAUGACCGUCGAUAAACAUUUUACUUCAGGAGUAGAAGAUGACGGUUUAACAUCAGGCGAUGUUACAUGUGAUUCUUACCAUAAAUUUGAGGAAGACAUUAAACUAUUAAAAGAUCUGGGUGCUCAAGUUUAUCGUUUUUCGAUAAGUUGGACUAGAGUUUUACCGAAAGGUCAUGAUUUUGUCACUAAUCCAGCUGGUAUUGAGUAUUACCAUAAAGUAAUAGAUUUGCUACUUGAGAAUGAUAUUACACCAGUGGUUACUAUUUAUCAUUGGGAUCUUCCACAAUCAAUUCAAAAACUUGGUGGAUGGUCAAAUAAUAAUAUUUUGAGAUAUUUUGUAAACUAUGCAAAUUUCUUAUUUAAGACAUAUGGAGAUAAAGUUAAAUAUUGGACAACAAUAAACGAACCAAAAAUGGUAUCCGAAGGCUAUGGUGGUCUAUAUAGUUUUGCUCCGCGUAUGGGUAAAAAUUAUAGUGGAUUAGGAGACUAUAUGGCUAUUCAUAAUCUUCUAUUAGCUCAUGCAAAAGCUUACAGACUGUAUGAAAAAAACUACAAACCUACACAACAAGGUCAAAUUUGUAUUUCCUUAGAUACAUUAUGGGCUUUUCCAUAUGACCCAAACAACGAAGAUGAUAAAAAAUCUGCCGAAAUAUUUUAUGAAUAUAAUGUUGGAUUAUUUAUUGAGCCGCUAGUUACUGGUAAAUUUCCAGACGCUUAUUUGAACUCGGUUAUAGAUACCAACAAUCAGAGGGGAAUUAAUGUUUGGCGAAUGAUACAAUUCACUGAAGAAGAAAAAAAAUUAUUGAUAGGGUCUUAUGAUUUUUUAUCAGUCAAUUAUUAUUUUUCGAUGUCUGUUUCUGCAUUACCUGCAGAUCAAAUCAUUGAUCCUACUAUUGAUCUUAAAACAGUUGAUCAAAGAACUGUUAUACGUGCUUUAGCGGACGAACAAAAUACUAUAAUGGGCUAUAGAAAUAUAAUGAAUUGGCUAAAUAAAAAAAUGGGGCAAAUUUCACAUAUCAGAAAACCGAAAUUUUUCAUAUCUGAAAACGGAUUAGCUGAUGAUGUUAAUGAUCCGACAUACAAAGAAAAAUUAAAUUAUCACUAUAAUAUAAUAAAAGAAACCAAAAAUUUGAUAGACAGUGGUAUUGACAUUUUUGGAUAUUGCGCUUGGUCAUUGAUGGAUUCCUAUGAAUGGGUUGAAAAAAGCCCAAAGUUUGGAAUUUAUAAAGUCGACUUUAAAGAUCCUAACAGACCUCGUACAGCAAAACCACAAGUUUUUGAAUUUUUCCACGAUUUAUACAAAAAUAAGGCGUUGAAAGAUACUAAACCAAACUAAACACUUGUUUCUUAUUGAAUUUUACAAAAACAUAUUUUCAUUUUACUAUAACUCUUAUUUUUUUUCUUUCAAAUGUUUUAUUUUAUACUUAUAUAAACCAUUAUUUUAUAAUAAAAAAUAUAUCAUUAUUGAGUGUUGGCAUAU